AUGGGCGACGCCGGAAAGUGCCCCGUAAACCACAUCAACGCCGCUGGCGGUGGAACUCGAAACAAGGACUGGUGGCCCGAGUCUUUAAAGUUGAACAUUCUUCGUCAGCAUACAAAUGUCACCAACCCUCUGGGUGAAGAUUUCGACUAUGCGGCCGCUUUCAAGACCCUUGACUAUGAUGCCGUCAAGAAGGACUUGACGGCCCUCAUGACCGAUUCGCAAGACUUCUGGCCCGCCGACUUUGGUCAUUAUGGAGGUCUAUUUGUUCGUCUGGCCUGGCAUUCCACCGGUACAUAUCGUGUCUUCGACGGGAGAGGAGGCGGUGCACAAGGCCAACAACGAUUCGCGCCUCUCAACAGCUGGCCCGACAACGUGAGCUUGGACAAGGCUCGACGUCUGCUUUGGCCCAUCAAGGCAAAGUAUGGCAACAAGCUCUCAUGGGCUGACCUCAUUGUUCUGUCCGGCAACGUGGCCCUCGAAUCCAUGGGUUUCAAGCCCAUAGGCUUCGCAGGUGGCCGUUCAGACACUUGGGAAGCUGACGAGGCUGCCUACUGGGGUGGCGAAACUACAUGGCUGGGCAAUGACGUCCGAUAUGCCCACGGCUUUGCGGGAGCUGCCAAAGAUCACGGAGUGGUCGACUCCGACGAGAGGCAGCACACUGAUGUCCACUCCCGCGAGCUCGAGGCCCCCCUAGGAGCAGCACACAUGGGACUUAUCUACGUCAACCCGGAGGGCCCGGAUGGCAACGCUGAUGCUCUAGCCGCGGCCCGAGACAUUCGCAUCACUUUUGCCCGUAUGGCAAUGAACGAUGAAGAGACGGUGGCUUUGAUUGCUGGUGGCCACACUUUCGGCAAAACCCACGGCGCAGGCCCUACGAGCCAUGUAGGCCCUGAGCCUGCGGGUGCUCCUCUUGAGAACCAAGGUCUUGGCUGGGUCAGCACUUUUGGUUCUGGAAAGGGCGCUGAUACCAUCACCAGUGGCCUGGAGGUUACUUGGACCAAGACACCGACCAAGUGGAGCAACCAGUUCCUCGAGUACCUUUUCAAGUACGAAUGGGAGCUUACCAGGAGCCCUGCUGGAGCGAAGCAGUGGGUGGCCAAGAACGCUGAGCCGUUUAUUCCCCACGCUUUCGAUCCUAACAAGAAGCUGCUGCCCACCAUGUUGACCACAGACUUGGCGCUGCGUGUCGACCCUGCUUACGAGAAGAUCUCUCGCCGUUUCUUGGAGAACCCCGAUCAGUUUGCUGAAGUGUUUGCCAAGGCCUGGUUCAAGCUGACGCACCGUGACAUGGGACCACCUACUCGCUACGUGGGCCCCGAGAUUCCCAAGGAACAGUUCUCUUGGCAGGAUCCUAUUCCCGCAGUCAACUACACUCUGAUCAACGACAGCGACGUUGCCGCUCUCAAGAAGGAAGUUUUGGCAUCUGGAGUUACACCCUCCAAGCUGAUUUCCACUGCCUGGGCAUCUGCUUCAACUUUCCGUGGCAGUGAUAAGCGAGGUGGCGCCAACGGUGCUCGCAUUCGCCUGGCGCCACAGAAGGAUUGGAAGGCGAACAACCCUGCUCAGCUGGCUGAGGUUCUGCAGGCUUUGGAGAAGGUUCAGCAGAAGUUCAACAGCUCGCAGAGCGGUGGCAAGAAGGUAUCUCUUGCUGACCUGAUUGUCUUGGCGGGAUCUGCGGCUAUUGAAAAGGCCGCCAAAGACGCCGGACACGACAUCACUGUUCCGUUUACUCCUGGCCGUAAUGACGCCACUCAGGAGCAGACUGAUGUUGAGUCGGUUGGCCACCUCGAGCCUGUCGCUGAUGGUUUCCGAAACUACGGCAAGUCUACCCAGAGAGUCAAGCUAGAGCACCUCUUGGUCGACAAGGCCCACCUUCUCACUCUCUCGGUGCCUGAACUCACAGUCCUCAUUGGCGGUCUUCGUGUUCUAAACACAAACUACGACGGCUCAACUCACGGUGUCUUCACCAACCAGCCUGGUGUGCUUACCAAUGACUUCUUUGUCAAUCUUCUGGAUAUAGGAACUGUCUGGAAGCCCAACCCCUCUGACAAUGAUCUCUUUGAGGGCAGUGACCGCAAGAGUGGUGCUAAGAAGUGGACUGCGACUCGUGUUGACUUGGUUCUCGGCUCUCACCCCGAACUGCGGGCUGUUGCGGAAGUAUACGGCAGCUCCGAUUCCAAGCAGAAGUUUGUAAACGACUUUGUGGCGGCUUGGACAAAGGUUGCGAACCUGGAUCGUUUUGAUCUUCCGAAGGAGUCUCCCUUGAGGCCAACUAGCCGCUUGUAA